AUGGCAUUAACAGCUAUAGAUGAGGAUCCAUCAUCUGGACCUAGAGCAUAUUGUGAUGCAUUACAAUUCGUUUCUCCUAAAGCUGGUGAUGAAUUGAGUAAGGAUGACGAGAUUGAAGUAGUUUGGACAAAUGGAAACAUCAAGCUUUUUAAUGGCGUAAAUAGCCUUGACUUAUAUAAUAAUGCAACUGGAGAAUUUGUUAACAGAUUAUGGAAAGGUAGUCAAUUAUUCGAUGAGUAUGGGAUUGCUUCUGUAAAAGUAACACUUGAAGUCCCUGAGAACACUAAAUUACCUGCUAAAUUUAUGUUUAAAAGUUUUGGUUCAUUUAUGGAAACCACUUGUACUAGUUUUGGUGGAAAUUUUACUAUAAAAGAGUAG